AUGGCCUGCUACAACACUGCUGCAGAUGCUAUACCAUCCAGCUACAACGCUGCUGCAGAUGCUAUACCAUCCAGCUACAACGCUGCUGCAGAUGCUAUACCAUCCAGCUACAACGCUGCUGCAGAUGCUAUACCAUCCAGCUACAACGCUGCUGCAGAUGCUAUACCAUCCAGCUACAACGCUGCUGCAGAUGCUAUACCUUCCUGCUACAACGCUGCUGCAGAUGCUACAACGCUGCUGCAGAUGCUAUACCUUCCAGCUACAACGCUGCUGCAGAUGCUAUACCUUCCUGCUACAACGCUGCUGCAGAUGCUACAACGCUGCUGCAGAUGCUAUACCUUCCAGCUACAACGCUGCUGCAGAUGCUAUACCUUCCUGCUACAACGCUGCUGCAGAUGCUACAACGCUGCUGCAGAUGCUAUACCUUCCAGCUACAACGCUGCUGCAGAUGCUAUACCUUCCAGCUACAACGCUGCUGCAGAUGCUAUACCUUCCAGCUACAACGCUGCUGCAGAUGCUAUACCUUCCUGCUACAACGCUGCUGCAGAUGCUACAACGCUGCUGCAGAUGCUAUACCUUCCAGCUACAACGCUGCUGCAGAUGCUAUACCUUCCUGCUACAACGCUGCUGCAGAUGCUACAACGCUUCUGCAGAUGCUAUACCUUCCAGCUACAACGCUGCUGCAGAUGUUAUACCUUCCAGCUACAACGCUGCUGCGGAUGCUAUACCUUCCUGCUACAACGCUGCUGCAGAUGCUACAACGCUGCUGCAGAUGCUAUACCUUCCAGCUACAACGCUGCUGCAGAUGCUAUACCUUCCAGCUACAACGCUGCUGCAGAUGCUAUACCUUCCAGCUACAACGCUGCUGCAGAUGCUAUACCUUCCUGCUACAACGCUGCUGCAGAUGCUACAACGCUGCUGCAGAUGCUAUACCUUCCAGCUACAACGCUGCUGCAGAUGCUAUACCUUCCUGCUACAACGCUGCUGCAGAUGCUACAACGCUUCUGCAGAUGCUAUACCUUCCAGCUACAACGCUGCUGCAGAUGUUAUACCUUCCAGCUACAACGCUGCUGCGGAUGCUAUACCUUCCAGCUACAACGCUGCUGCGGAUGCUAUACCUUCCUGCUACAACGCUGCUGCGGAUGCUAUACCUUCCAGCUACAACGCUGCUGCGGAUGCUAUACCUUCCAGCUACAACGCUGCUGCGGAUGCUAUACCUUCCAGCUACAACGCUGCUGCGGAUGCUAUACCUUCCAGCUACAACGCUGCUGCGGAUGCUAUACCUUCCAGCUACAACGCUGCUGCGGAUGCUACAACGCUGCUGCGGAUGCUAUACCUUCCAGCUACAACGCUGCUGCGGAUGCUAUACCUUCCAGCUACAACGCUGCUGCGGAUGCUAUACCUUCCAGCUACAACGCUGCUGCGGAUGCUAUACCUUCCAGCUACAACGCUGCUGCGGAUGCUAUACCUUCCAGCGUCUUCUUCAAAGGGUCAGACCAAAUGUCUAACCUCAACUUAUUUGUUUCAGCUUACCCUUAUGAAGUGUUCCACUACUCAUCUGAAAUUGGGGAUUUGGACAAAACGUUUUUCAAAGGGUGGUAUCAUUUAUUCAUUUAUUUUCCUGUGAAGGACCGUCCGCUUGUGCUGUUUGUCAAAGAAGAAACAGAUCUACUUGACUCUGAUAUUAUCAAUGAAGCAGGCAGUGAUGGUGUGAUAUUGUUCAGUAUCUACCUGCCACCAGACUUUCCCCCUGUCCUGCAGCCACUAACCAUGGAGUUCUUUGGGCUCUUCAAGGCUGAGUUUUUCAGUGAUGCUUGUGACAUCCCCCUCUUUAUAGGGACUUUGUCCUUAGGCACAUAGUUGCCACAGUGUUGAAGCAGACAUAGGAUGCUUUUGAAACUGAGAGGACUGUGAAGGAUGGGUUCGGGAGGACAGGUAUCUUUCUAUUUGACCACCAUGUCAUGGCUUGGUCCGUUUGGUGUGGGAGGGAAAAGAUGAGGCCCGAGUUUGGUUCUGCUGGACCCUGUGAUGAUGGGCCAAAGGAAAAACGACCCGAACUUGUGACAGACAAGUGUGACAGACAGUUCUUAUGACAAUAAGAAGGCAUUAAAGGCAAGUUCUCUAUAUAACAAUUACUUUGCGUCUCGGAAUAUCCCGUGAUUAAUUUACACAAAAUUAAUAUAACGUCAUGUCACCAUUGUAUUGGUACAUGUUGAUCUUAUGAUUUACAGGUGGAAUCUGACGCCAAACCAGUGUUGCCUGGGUCGUUUCUGCCAGUUUCUCUGCCAUCAGAGUCUGUUAAGAAAGGAGAUAUUAGAUGUGGUGGUUAAAAAAUAGGAGGAAAUUAAGGAGGAGUUGAAUGUUGUCAGACAUAUCUUCAAUAGACCCAAAUAUUUUGAAAAAUGCCAAUAAUCAACAUUAGAUGAUUAUCAAAGAAAAACUGUCAUGCUCCACUUUUCAUUCUGUAUACCCACCCUGAUCACAAGAGCCAGCUAUAGUUCACUUUUCAUUCUGUAUACCCACCCUGAUCACAAGAGCCAGCUAUAGUUCAAUUGAAGUGCGUUUGGCAUUUCUAUUAUGUUAGCAGUUUGUAAUUAGAAGUUUUACUUUGAAGCCUUCAUCAUUUUUCUGUUCUGAUGACUUCAUUGCAGUAUUUCCCAAGAGAUCACAGCCAUGACUCCAUUGAGAGAUGGUAUGAGACUUCGGGCCCUGACGAUAUAUCGGAAGCGUCCCAGGAGAUAACAGAGGAUUCUUCAGACUUAUCAGACGGCCCUGAUGAAUUGUUUGACAUCAAACAGAUUUAGAAUCCGUUGACGAAGAAGAAGAAGAGUUACCUGAAACUUCACAAGCUGUGAGAGGAAAAGCAUCUUCAAAGUCACUGCUGCCAGAGAAACAGUCACCUCAUUGUGAAACAUUUUUAAUUGCACUAUUGGGCCUAAUCUAAGUGUCUAACCACAGAAACACCGGUUAGAAUGGUCUCAUUUGAAUUUUUAGCUCAUCUAUGCCUUUACUACGGAGAUUUAAGUUGUGCUUCAAAUAUAGUUUUUUCAUGCUGACAAGAAGUGAGUAAACAAUAGAUACAGGGCUUGACAUUAUGGCUUGUCCGCUUCUCCGGGGGCAAUUUUUUUUUAAACUGUCGGACAACCAGAAUAUGGAUUUCAGAUGUCCGAAUGGACAAGUUUAAAAAAAUCACAAUAUCAAACCUUCUUAAUGCUUUUAAUUCUGAACAGAAUUGGAAAAGGCAGCACACAUCAGGGCAGUGCAUUUUUUUUGUGUUUUUUCCCCCACCUUUAUUUAUUUAUUUAACAAGGUAGGCCAGUUGAGAACAAGUUCUCAUUGACAACUGCGACCUGGCCAAGAUAAAGCAAAGCAGGGCGACAAAAACAACAACACAGAGUUACACAUAAACAAACGUACAGUCAAUAACACAAAAGAAAAGAAAAAUAGAAAAAUCUAUAUACAGUGUGUGCAAAUGUAGAAGAGUAGGGAGAUAGGCAAUAAAUAGGCACUAGAGGUGAAAAUAAUUACAAUUUAGCAUUAAUACUGGAGUGAUAGAUGAUGAUGUGCAAGUAGAGAUAUUGGGGUGCAAAAGAGCAAUAGGGUAAGUAAUAAUAUGGGGAUUAGGUAGUCGGGUGUGCUAUUUACAGAUUGGCUGUGUACAUGUACAGUGAUCGGUAAACUGCUCUGACAUUCUUACUAAAUUGCUUAUAUUCCUAUUUGCUAUAGCCUAUUUAAAUAAAUAUGUUAUAUUUACACAAGGCAAGAGAAGGAUGUAGAUACUAAGAGUCUCACCAAAGCAGCGCAGAAUAUCCGGUCAGAAAAUAUAUAUAUAUAUUUUUCGCUCUCUAGAAUGUUGGAUGAUCUGGGCCAAAAUCUAUUUUUAUAGCGGACACUCUGGUGUUUUAUUGUUAUAGAAGCCCACAUUUGAUAUUUUCUCUCCAUUUUAUAUGAAUAUGACUUGGCCUCUUAAGCCACUCUUUCAGUUUAAGGCAUGCUAGACUUUUCCUGCCGCGCUAGUUCAUGAUCAAACAAGUUUGAAGUUGUUUUUGAAUAACCCUAAAACAUGGGAGCCCUAAGGUAAUAAUGAACGGGAUAUAAGAAACAACAGCAAGUUAUAGAAAUCAAAUGAGACAUUUUUACAAACCGUAUAGUUGAGCAAAGCAUUAUAACACAAAUGAUGCAUGCAUGCGAGGCCGGGAAAGAAAUCCUCCUUUUGCCACCGAGCAAAAGCCUAAUCCUACUAAUUAAAAUAUCAUAAAAUCAUUAAGACAAUUAAAAUGAUGAGUAUUUUCCAAACUAUUCUAAUACAGACAACCCAUAACACACACAACCAGCGAGGCUCGUUGACUGUGACUCACUCAUUCCAUCUGCGACCUCUUCAGCACACACACACAGAUAGCUAAUGCAACCUGGUCUCAGAGCAUUUCGUAUCAUUCUGUGCGUAAAUCCGAAACAUUUGAUUUAGUGUGAUAUGUUUCAUAUGGUAUGUAUUAACUUGUGAUUACAAUUCGUAUGAUAUGUUACGAAUAGAAAUUCGUACAUUAUGUUACAUUCGUAUACAUUUAGCUAAAUUUGUGAAACGUAGGACAUGUUACGAAUUCCAGUUUAUUGUUGCUUUGGUUAAUUAAAGGGUUAAGGUUAGGGGAAGGGUUAGCUAACAUGCUAAAUAGUUGCAAAGUAGUUUAAAAGUAUUUGUAUAGUUGCAAAGUUGCUAAUUAGCUUAAACGUUAAAGUUGCCCAUGAUGAGAUUCAAACACACAACCUCACGACAAUUUCAUAAAUGUGUCAAGUGCAGCGUCUGGUUGCUCUUCAUUACACACCACAGACCAACACAUAUUCUUUACAUCUACAACAUAGGAAUCAUUACAAAACUUGUAUGACCUCUUAAACACUAUAUUAGGCCCAGCCUUUGGAACUUUGGUUUUCAUAGACUAUAUUGUGAUCACUACAUCCGAUGGAUUUGGAUGCUGCUUUAACGUAGAUUUCUGCAGCGUUAGUAAAGAUGUGAUCAAUACAUGUUGAUGAUUUAAUUCCUGUGCUGUUUGUACACUGAAAACCUGAACCAGGUUGCAGGUACUAGUUACAGUUUGAAGAUGUAAGCCAGUCAAUAUGUAAAUCACCCAGAUAAUAUAACUCUGUUGAUAUCAGAUACCUUAUCAAGCCUUUCACAUAUGUUAUCCAGAUACUGACUGUUAGCACUUGGUGGUCUAUAGCAGCUUCCCACCAGAAUGGGCUUUAGGCGAGGCAGAUGAACCUGUAGCCAUAUUACUUCAACAGUAUUUAACAUGAGAUCCUCUCUAAGCUUUACAGAAAUGUGGUUGUGAAUAUAAACGGCCACAGCUCCAACUUUGGCAUUUCCGUAUUUUCUGUAACUCUUAUAACCAUGUAUUGCUACCACUGUACCAUCUAAGUGAGUUUCAGAGAUUGUCCGAAUAUGAAUGUCACCUGUUACUAGCAAAUGAUUGAUUUCAUGAACCUUGUUCCUUCAGCUACAUAUGUUAACGUGGGCUAUUUGUUGCACUUUUCUUGGAUGCUUGAUUGUUUUAUUGCUUUACUGGGAAGCUUAGCAGAGGCAGACAUACUCAGGUUAUUUGUAUUAGUGCAGGGUGAGCUGGACACAGUGGACUUCCAACUAGGGCACACCGCCUCAGUGCUAACAGUAUCACUCUGGUUCAUAAGCACAUGAUUACUGCAUACAUAAGCUGUGGGAUCAGCAGAGGCAUUCAGGGAAAUAAAUUAGGUUACUUACAUUGCGUCUUCCAACGCACCUGGGAUAAUGUACAUUUGCUGAAGCAUUAUGACAACUAGUCUCGAAGCCAGUUACAGAGGGCUAAAAGUCUGCUGAACCAUUCAAUGCCUCGAUGUAGGCAGCGAGACAGAUAUUAUGGGCCGUUUGUUGGUGUCAAGUAGUGGCCCAAUCAGUUCUUUAAAAUCCAUUUUCAGCUGUUCUGAGCUGCCCUUCAUAAUGUCAUUGAAUCCCACAGGAACUAUGAUAGACUCCAUUUCCUGACGCUGGUUUAAAGUGUUUGCGAGCUGCUUAUUGAUGUUCUGUACUCGUGCUCCUGGAUAGCACAAAGUGUUUGCUCCAGGGACUGAGACAUUGAACUGCCCAAUACAAUGGCUGGAGAAGGGAAUGGUGAAAUCUGCACAUUCCCACCCAUCACACAAUUCGUUGAGUAUUUCACGAGCCCACGAGAGGCAGGAUAGCAUACGUAACAUGUAACAUCUUUUAGUACAGAAAUAAAAUAAAAUUGGGAUGGCCCGCAAGAGGCAAUAAUAUCAUCAAUGGGUAAGCACAGAAAAUGAUUUCCGAUCCCUCCUAUGUACUUCACUAAUGUUCAGUCACCCUUUUGGCCGUUGGAAUUACAAACCUUUUGUUUCUUUGGGACAAGUAACUUCAGCUUUUGUCCUACUUGUCCGAUGGACAAGUGGCUAAAAACGUUAAUGUCAAGCUCUUGACAUAUCACUGUGUCAGUCAGAAUACAGUGCCCAUCCCAUCUAACAUUUUCCCCCUCGUAAUCUCAAAUAAGGGGACUUUGUCUUUGUCCCAUCCUAGGCCAGAGCCAGAUGUGCUUUGUAGGAAUUAGGAUUAGGCCUGUGAUUUAGAAACUAUGUUACAAUUGAUGAAUUUGCAAUCUAAUUUGAUUGAAUUAUGUAAUUUGAUCAUCAGACUUGGUGGAUGAGUCUGGUGACAGCUCUGACCACGAGCCAUUGGUUAAGAUGAUCAGGAAGCCUCCAACAGACUGCCAGCUGAGCGAGAGAGUGAAGGCACUGCUGAAAUACACAGACAUGGCGGAUGUGACAAUGAAGCAAAUCUACAAUAGAGUGUUUGAGAGGUGCCCCCGGUAUGACCUGUCUAACAAGAAGGACAUCAUCAAGCAGACAGUGAAAGAGGGGAUUUCUUUACAACCCAGGGUUUUAAUCAAGCCAUAUUCAUAGCUUUGACAGAUAACAUUAUAAUCAAUGAUCUCAGGAAAACAUAGUUGAUAUCGUGACAAAGACUCUGGGAUUCCUGUAUAUGCUUUUCCAGGACGUUUCAUUUAUAUUUUUAAGUUCAGACUGUUUAAAUACUAUACAAUUUCAUGCAACUUAUUUGUUUUACUUGCCUAAGUUUUGUAAAUAAAGUAUUUAUUGUACUGUA